CAUUCUUCUAUUCAUGUACAAUUGUGAGGCUCGGCCUCCAUCCCCCCCUAUAUCUCGAUCUGUUCGUUUUUGAAAUUGAUUUCCAUGGCUUCCUCGAGGGAUCGGAUUAAAGGUCCGUGGAGUCCUGAAGAGGACGAAGCAUUACAGAGACUCGUACAGAGCUACGGACCGAGAAACUGGACUCUGAUCAGCAAGUCGAUCCCCGGCCGAUCCGGUAAGUCCUGCCGGCUACGUUGGUGUAAUCAGCUUUCGCCGGAGGUGGAGCACCGGCCAUUCAGCCCGGAGGAAGACGGUGCCAUUAUCAGUGCCCACGCCAGGUUCGGCAACAAGUGGGCAACCAUCGCUCGCCUCCUCAAUGGUCGCACCGAUAACGCCAUCAAGAACCACUGGAACUCUACCCUCAAGCGCAAGUGCUCGUCCACGACCGACGAUUUAAGCGACGACGUGCAUGCGCAUCAGCCGAAUAAGAGAUCGGCCAGUGUCGGCGCUGGCGCCGCCGUCUCUGGUCUUUGCCUGAACUCAAGUAGCCCGUCCGGUUCGGAUUUGAGCGAUUCGAGUGUUCCCGGCAUGUCGCCAUCGCACGCAUACAGACCCUUGGCGAGAACCGUCUCUCUAGCGCCUCCAACCCAGCAUCUUGACACCUUGUCUUCGAAUACGGAUCCGCCUACCUUACUGAGUCUCUCUCUUCCCGGAUCAGAUUCGUGUGAGGUCUCGGACUAUCAUGUGGGAUGCAAUCGGGCUGGGAGUCCUUCUCAGGCUAUAAAUCCAUUGGUGCCUCCACCGCCUCCGCCACCGCCACCAGCAUCCGUGCAGCAAAUUCCGGUGGCAGCUCAGAACGGGUACGGGAAGAAUUUCUUCAGCGCCGAGUUCUUGGUGGUGAUGCAGGAAAUGAUCAGAAAGGAAGUGAGGAGUUACAUGUCUGGGAUUGAACAGAGCGGGCCGUGUAAUUUGCAGACGGACGCCAUUAGGAACGCCGUGGUGAAGCGGAUUGGGGUCAGCAAGAUCGAGUAGCCAAAACGGACUUGGUCUUAAGUUAUUGGAAAACCCAGUCCCAACCAUCAAUGAACUUGGUUUAAGCUAAGGAACUGGUGGUGGGAAGCAUGAAUUAACCCUGGCCUUUGGUUUUAUUUUUUCUAGUUUUUCCAAUAGAAUAGAAAAUAAUUUUGGUAGUGUACAGUGGGAGAAAAUGGGGUUUGAAAAAAGAGGAUGGAGGGAGAAAAUUUGAGAAACAUGUUACUAAAAACCGAUAAAACAAGAGAAUUUGAUCCCCGAGUGAACUAUUUUUGAGCUAUUUAAUGGAAUGACAAGAAGGAAAGAUAUGGAAAAAGAAGUAAUAUUUUCAAUUA